AUGUUUUGGGGCGUCGCAGCCGUGCCGCAGGUCCUGCGAAGGCACCCGGGGACGGAGGGCGAGCAGGGCGAGGUGAGGGCCAAGAUGGACCAGAUCGAGGCGGAGAAGGAGAAGCUGCUCGCGAAGAUCGCGGCGUCGCGGGCGAGGCUCGAGGCCCUGGACGCCACGUCCGCCGCCUCGUCGCCGCAGGCGCGGCUGGCGACGGCGCUGGCGGCGUCGCCCGCGGGGGCCAAGGUGGCGAGCGCGGGCAAGCCAGAGGAGGGCGACGAGGCCAGCUCGCGCCUGCGCAUGGCGCUGCCCCUCGUGCCUCUGGGAGCGUUCCCACUGAUCUCGGCCAAGGAGAGCGCCGACCGCUCGGCGGCGCUCCUGACGAGCACGCAGCCGCCUGGCGCUCUCCAGUACUCUGUGGCCGGCUGGUCACCGCCCAUCGACUCCGCCGCCUACGACGCCAUGACUCGGGAGUUCCCCAGGGCGCUGCCGGCGAAGGCUGUGUUCCAGCGGAGCCGCAUGUUCCUGACGCAGAACUUCGGCAUGACGCCUUCGAACACGAUCUUGGGCACGAGCAUAUGUCCUGACGAGAUCAACAACGGCAAGGGCGGCUUUGCCGACUUAGCCAACACGUACUGGGGCGAGUACUUCCCCCUCGGCGGCCUCGGCGGCCUACCGCUGGUCGGCAAGACCGGCUGGGGAGCGUUUUCGCAUCACUGCCCAGACGAUGGUAACAUCUUCGUCAUGUACGGCCCCCACGUUGGCAUCUCCGAGGUCGGUGGUAUCGGCAAGUUCAACCGUGUCGGCCAGAACGACGCCUCCAGCGCCUGCGGGGCCUUCGUUGGCGCCUACAAGCAGACGAUGAACUGGUCGGGUGAGCGCGAGAAGCUCGACGGCUCCGACAUGGAGCAGCAGUUCAUCCGCUCCGAGCUCGCCCCAUUUACGAAGGGCAUCUCCCAGACGGAAGACCCGAUGUCGGCGCUGGCCUACAAGGCGUUCGACAUCGUGGAUAAGCAGAUGGAGGGCAUCUUGAGCAUGGAUUUCGGCCCUGGCAGACUGGUGCUCCUCGGUGGCAUCCAGGUGAACACCCCGGUGGGCUUCCCGGACCACUUCCAGCCCAUGAAGUUCGAGGUCCGCCAGCUCGGCAAGCCCAACAAGGACAUCCUGUACAAGGCCUUCCUGCCCAGCAUGAGCACCGACGUGGCCAUGAAGGACUGGACAUCAUGGACCCCAAGUAGUUAG